AUGCAAUGGGUAAAGAGAUUCUGGGAGCAAAACUAUCCAGGAGGUGAAUACGAUGCCUUGAGUCGUCGCAAAGGAUUAGGCAGCGCACCUAGCGUUGGCACCAAUCGAUCUUCUACAACCUCCAAUGCAGGCUCCGGCCGAGUCAGUUCUGCUGGUAAAAAGGCAACUAAAACGCCAGCAACUCGCAGUGUCAGUAGAGGUGGUCGUGCUAGUGUGUUGGACAACCAUUCAGCUUCCAUGAUUAUCGAAUUGAACAAGCAAAUUGCCGAACUCAAAUUGACUGUAGACGGCCUCGAAAAGGAGCGUGAUUUCUAUUUUGGUAAAUUGAGAGAGAUUGAGAUUGAUGUCCAAGACAAUAUGGAGCAAAUUGACGCUACAUGUGCAAAGCUUGAAACCAACCCUGAAGAACACGAAGCUUUCCCUAUUUUGCAGGGUAUUCAAACCAUUUUAUACAGCACAGAAGACGGUUUUGAACAACCUCCUGAGGAUGAGGAAGGAAAGGCAUUAGAAGAAGAAUAUGAUGAUGAAACUUUUUAG